CCAAUAUUCUGCCGGUUUAGAUCUCUUCUUCCCUUCAUGGAAAAAGGCAGGAUGCUUUAAGUUGAAGAAAGUUCGAAUCCACCGGUUCAAGCUCUCCUUUGUCCGAAGUCAGUCUGUCGUUCUUGGUUGAUCACCAUGGAGAGCAGACACAGGAGGAUCGGAUGUUGUCCUUCGGAAAACCAACUUUCUUCCUUUGAAAAUCACUUUUCCUGGGACCCUGUAGCCUUCCAAAUCCAUGCACCACCCACAAUUUCAUCACAACAAAGUAAUCUUGAUCCAUAUUUUCGUCUACAACACCGUCUUCCUCAAGAAAACCCAUAUUCCAUGUUCCCUGCAGCCAGUGUAGGUAUUGGCGAAACUCUUGAGCGUUCCAUGAAUCGUUUGAGUCUUUCUAGUACUCUUUCUACUCCCCAGUACUCUCAAUUCCAUCGAAACAACUGGUUUCCUGAUUCCUCACCCUCUGCAAUUUCGGAUUUUGGACAUGUAUUUAUUCCACAAGAACAGAGAGGAAAUAGUGUUCCGCAGACGAUGAGAACAGAGUCUGCACACAGGCGAGUUUCUCCAUGGAUGAAUGUUGGUCAUGCUUUAUCUAGUUCUAUAGUAAACAUGCAAAAUGGAAGCCAAGAUUUGAUAGGGUCUUCGAAUUUUUCUGCAGUACCCUUUUCUAAUUCCUGUGAACAAUUUUGUUUUAGUGUUCGACAAAAUUCCUCUAACGGAUUGUAUCACGGGAGUCAAAAUCCUGCCGAACUCAGGAUGAACAUUCCUCCCCGGAGAAGAUUCUUUAGUGGGGUAGGGUCUGAAAACCCAUUUUCUUCUCUGCAUUCCAUGAACAAUCGUCGAGUUCAUCAUCAGCUGCAGCUCCAUGCAGAGGAACUAAGAGGCAGGGUGGCUUUCUUGGCAAAAGAUCAAAAUGGACGCAAAUUAUUGGAGGCAAAAUUCAGCAAUGGUACCAUGACGCCUGAAGAACUUGAGAUAAUUUUCUUGGAGGUGAAAGAUCAAUUGCUUGAGCUCUCGGUACACCAUUCAGCCAAUUAUAUUGUUCAGAAGUUUUUUGCUUUCUGCAAGGAGGACCAAAUUUCCCAACUUCUCUUCACCUUCCUUGGUUCCCAAGCAAGAUUUAAAGAGUUAUGCAUGGACAUGCACGGAACUCGUUCGGUUCAAGAAUUGGUGAAAAACAUCUCUACAAGGUAUCAAAGAUCCCUCAUUUUAUCUGUUCUGAGAUCAGUGGCUCGACCUUUUGCCUUGAACACUAGUGCCUAUCAUAACAUUGUGCAUGAUCUAGUAGAUCACUUUAUUGAGGUUGCCACAAACAGGAGUGGUUGCUGUGUGUUGAAAAGAUGCUUAGCAUAUGCUGAACCCCAAGCUAAGGAGCGUAUUUUGGCUGAAAUAACAGCCAAUGCGUUGCUUUUAUCCGAGGAUGAAUUUGGGAACUAUGUUGUGCAGUAUUCUAUUGCAGAUAUGGAAGAACCUUGUUAUGAUUAUGUGAUGGAAAAUGUAGCAGCAAUGCUGGAAGGGAACUUUGUGAGUCUUUCCAUGAACAAGUAUGCUAGCAAUGUGGUCGAGAAACUCUUGAUAUGGAGCUCAAAAAGAGGUGCAAUGGAUAUCACUGCUAGGAUUGUCAACGAAAUCAUGAACCAUCCAAACUUUGUAAAGGUUCUUCAGGAUAACUACGGUAACUUUGUUGCUCAAACGGCCUUGCUUGCGUCUAAGGGAGAACUUCGUCGUAUACUGGUUUCUCGUAUUGAGAGUAAUUACCCACUUUUGCACAGUCAUCCCUUUGGUGAAAAGGUGUUGGGAAGGAUCAAAGGACGCAGGCGUCAAGUUCUAUCUCUCUUGAGAUAAUUAGAAACGCAGUGUUUCUAUUCUUCUUCUAUUAGUUAAAAACUAAAGACUUAUUUCCUAUAUUAGGUGUGUGUAGUUGUUUGUUGUGUAGCUUUGUGGCUUUUAGGAUAUCCAUUGUCUAUUAUGUGAUGCAUUGGUUUCCCAUCAGCGAAGAGUCCAUUUUCAGCUGCAUUGCGAAGUGUAUUGCUCAAAGAAUAAAGUUGUUGUCCAGUG